UCCCGGAUAAUGGCAGUGAGACUAAAGACGCACCUAGAGAGUAUAGAAGAACAGGCUCUAAGAAGACUUCGCUUGGAUUUCUUGCAGCUAUUUGAAAGCUCAGAGCAUAGUGACAUGGAGCUAACGUCUAGGUCAGUCAACUACCCGGCACACAAAGUGUUUCUCAAAGCUAGAUUACCUCACGUACGAGAGUCAUUGAUGUCGUACUCAUGUGGUGAUGAAGAGCUGCAACGUUCCGACAUGCAAAAUCUACUCAGAUGGGCUUAUGGAGAUGAAUCAGCUGGGACUUUGGAUAAGCUAGUGAUUGAAGCACAAGAUCAUACAUUGAUUAAUGCGUCCAUUCCACUUGAAAAGGUUAUGAUUGAGAUGAUCGGUGAUGAAGAAACCAGUGAUGUCGUCAUCAUUGCUGAAGAUUGCAAAUUUCAUGUUCAUCGAGCCAUUUUAUCAGCACGUUCUCAAUAUUUUGCUGCCAUGUUUGGUGGUAGUUGGGUAGAAAGUUCAUCUCAGAAAAUUCAGCUACAGGGUGUGACACCCUUGUGUCUACGUGUUGUGCUGGAGUUCAUCUAUGGAGCAAAAGCAGAACUGCCUGACUCUGUGGCUCUAUCUGACUUGUUGAUAGCUGCUGACAUCUUCAUCCUUGAUGGUUUACGUGAUGUUGUAGCAUUCUAUUUGGCAAAACGUUGCUGUUUCUUUCACAAGCCUUGCAAGUUGUGUACAACACAACUGGCGGAAUGUCGCACACUUUCUGCUCUCCAUAGACUUUCAGCCCUAAAGUCUAUGUGUUUAAGAUGGAGUACAAAAUACUUUGAUCGUCUAUGGUGUACAAGAAGCUUCUGUACUCAGUUAUCUCCUGAACUUCAUCAAGAGAUGGUAAAAGACAUCAUUCAGUCAUUGAACAAUGAAAAUGCGAUAGACAUAUUGAGAUGCUGUGAUCGUCUCUCUGGCAACACACCGCAUGUUGGCUGGGCAGAUCCUGUCAGACACAUGACAGCACAGGUCGAAGCCGGAGUUGUGGACUUUAUUGCCUCAUCGUUUAAGGUAGUAGCCAUGUCAUCAAAAUUCCAAUCUUUAUUGGAAGGUAUUGGUUGGUCUCCUGUGUUGGUUGGAAAGAUAUUCAACGGUGUGGUUUGUCACUUGUGUGUUGCAAACUGUUGCUCUAUGUUUGGGACAGCAUUCAAUAUCAAGACGAUGGAGUCUAUUGUCUUCAAUGAGGAGGCAUCAUCUCUAGUUGCUGACUUCUUUCGUCGUUGCAAGGGGUAUGUUACUCAACAGUUAAUCAGAGUCAGAGAUACUACAGAUUGGAAGCAGUUACCUAAGACAUUACAGGAUGAACUGGAAGAAUCCUCUGCAUCCAGUUUUGUCGAACUUGGAUCAAACAGCAGGAAACUUUCUGCUAGAGCUUUUUCAUCAAGAAACACAGUCAUUACAGGGAGGAGACACCCAGCCAAAUGGGCAGAAAAGAAAAAAUGAAAUGUAACAUAAUAAGAUAAGCGUUUUUGCGCAUUUCAUAAGGUUUUCCAGACUACAUUUAGUUGAUCAAUUGCAAUUUACUUAUUUUUUGAUCAGAAACUGAAAGUUUAUGUAUACAGCAGACAGCACUACUAAUAGUAGGAUUGCUGAUGGCAGUGCACUCGAGGCUGUACGCGCAUUCAGAGCCAUGUAUGCACCCGUACUCGGAGCCAUGUACGCACGCGCGAUUCGACCACACCCGCGGCCUGAUUUCUCGUGUCAUGUCCAACCCGAUUAUUGUCUACGUUUCUACAGUCUCCAGCAACUUGGAGAUCAAGAAACAGCAGCAGAAGCUCGAGAUGAUUCUGUCUUCCAAGAAAGUUCCGGUGGAUUACAUUGAUGUUGCUUCCAGUGAAGAGGCGAAAGCCGAAAUGAGAGAAAA